UACAAAUUAUAUAUACAAGUGGACCUUGGACUACUAAAGAGUAAUUGAAAAUAGAGUUGUUUGAAAGAUUCAACUGUUAAAAUUAGAAAACAAAUUACAUAUAUUAAAUAUGGAAUUGAAGAUAUGUAUUCAUUAUCAUUCCCCAUCUUGUUCUACCAUACACCCUUCUCAUUAUGAUAUGAUUGACUCAAAAAUGGAGAUGCAGGGAUCAUUUGCUGUGUCUUCUGCCAAUUUUUUGUUGUCACAGCUGACAAAUGCAAAGCUUAGAGAGUCGCCUUUCUUUGUGCGUUACAAAUCCGGACUUGAUGAGCUCUGUGACACCAUUGGCACUGUUAAGGCUGUACUUCUCGAUGCAGAAGCCAAGCAGGAAGAGAUUACCCAUCAGGCGCAGCUCUAUAUACAGGGGCUCAUGGAUGCUGUUUACGAUGCUGAUGAUUUGCUUGACAAGUUUGUCACUCUUGCUCAACGACAACAGCUCAUGAAGGCUGGUAAAGCCUCUGAAAAGGUGUGCCUCUUCUUUUCUCGUUUCAAUCCUCUUGCUGUUGCUGAUAAGAUCUCACUGAGGUUUGAGGAAAUCAGAAAAAGGUUAGAUGCCAUAACCAUUAAACAUAGUAAGUUUGGGCUAAGAGUUGACGACUCUAAGCCUAUCAGGAGGAGAAGAGCGGAGACAUGUUCUUAUAAUACUUGUAUUAUUGGGAGGGAGGAUGAUGUGGAGAAGAUUGUAAGCAUCUUGUUAGAUAGUAAAGUCCAACAGGAUAUUUCAAUCCUUUCUAUUGUGGGUAUAGGAGGAUUGGGGAAAACGGCUCUUGCUCAACUCUUGUUUAAUGAUGCAAGGGUUACAAAUGAAUUUGAAUUGAAGGUGUGGACUUGUGUCUCUGAUCAGGAUCAGAAACAAUUGGAUGUAAUGGCGAUUCUUCGAAAAAUAUUGAUUUCCGCUGAUGGUACUUAUGAGGGAUUAUCCAUUGAAGAUGUGCAAAGUCAAAUUCGACAGAAACUAGCGAGCUCCAAGUACUUGCUUGUUUUAGAUGACGUAUGGACUGAAAACCAGGAUCAUUGGCUCAACUUAGUGAACUUCUUGAAGGGUGAAAGUGGAAGCUGGGUUGUGGUUACAACUCGUUCACAAGAAACCGCAAGAAUUGUAAGGAGUGAUUCAGUGCAUGAGCUGCAAGGAUUGUCUAAAGAAAAUUCAUGGCGUUUGUUUAAAGAGAUAUCAUCUGAACUGAGACUAUCAAACCCGUAUGAUGACUUGGUAAAUACCGGGAAAAAGAUUGUUGAACAAUGCGCUGGAGUCCCUCUAGCUUUAAGAAUUGUUGCUAGUCUUUUAAAGGGUCAAGAUAAGAAUAGGUGGCAAUCAGUUCAGGAGAUGGGGUUAGCAAACAUAAGAGGGUAUGAAGACGACAUCAUGCCUAUAUUGAAGUUUAGUUAUUAUAAUCUUGAAUUCCCUUUGAAAAGUUGUUUUAGUUAUUGCGCGUUGUUUCCAAAAGAUUGUGUCAUAAACAAGGAUGUAUUGCUUAGCCUUUGGAUGGCACAAGGCUAUGCUGUUCCAUUAGAUGAAACCAAAAGUGCAGAAGAUGUUGUAGAAGAGUAUUUUUCCAUUUUGCUGCACAGAUGUUUCUUCCAAGAUGUAGAACUAGACAGAUCUGGUGAGAUUGUCUCAUGCAAGAUACAUGAUCUGAUGCAUGAUCUUGCUCGGAAUGUGGCAGGAAAGGAGAUUUGCUUAAGUAAUUCUAUCCCGGACAGCAUGGAUAGAAAAGUUCGGCAUCUAGCUAUUAUGAAAGUGAGUUUGAUAAAAACUCUUUCACUAAGACACGUUCGUUCAUAUCUUCAAACCCCAUUUAGCCUAGAACGUGUCAGGUUGAAUCCAAUUUAUUUGGAGGACAUAUUUGCGAAUUUCAUGUGUGCAAGGGCUUUGGAUCUACGCUGCUCAAAAUUUAAAAGCAUGCCGAGCACUAUAGGUGAAUUGCUGCAUUUAAGGUACUUAAAUCUCUCGGAUAAUGAAGAUUUGGAAGUUCUUCCUGAGUCGAUAACGAAGCUGUACAAUCUGGAAACCUUAAUAUUGAGAGGCUGCAAGAUAUUGAAAAAACUACCCAAGAAAAUUAGCAAGCUAGUUAACCUUAGGGUCCUCGAUUUCAGAUCUUGCGAAAGUCUUGCUGAUGUGCCUGACAAUAUUUGUAAGUUGGUGAAGCUUAGGGUCUUGCAGGGAAUCGAGAAUCGUAAUGUUACACGUAUGCCUAGUGGCUUGGGUAAUUUGAUCAACCUCCACACGCUACCAGAGUUUGUGUUGAGUAAACCGAGUUCUAGUUGUGACGAGUGGUUUGAUCAGCUCGAAGACCUAAAAAGUCUCAAAAAUUUAAAAGGUAGACUAACUUUCCAAAUUCAUUCCCCGAAAAAUGGUAUCCUUGAUGGAAGAAGGGAAGGAGGAUACCUCAAAAACAAGGAAUCUCUCGAUUUUAUUAGCUUUUUGUUCAGUGAAGAUGUUAAUGAAACAGCUGUGGAUCUCGAAGAAGCAUUGAUGAAAGAGUUGCAGCCUCAUUCCAACCUUAAAAUCCUCGAGUUGUGGGCGUACCAUGGUGUGAGAAUUCCGAAUUGGGUGUCGUCUCUCCACAAUCUAGUACAAUUGGAACUUUUAUUGUGCGCGGAAUUGCAGCAGCUGACAUGUUUGGGAAACCUGCAUCAUCUAGAAGAACUCAGACUUGGGCACAUGCCAAAUUUGGAGUACAUAACCGAGAAAAGUAGUUUACCGUUAUGUAAGUCUCUGAAACGGGUUUUCUUUAGUACAUUACCGAAACUGAAAGGAUGGGUGGUAGACAUUCAUCAGCUGGUUGGUAAGAGCAGCAUGGACACGGAAAACUUGCAACUAUUGUGUCUUCCUCAAUUGAAGACAUUAGAAAUAUACGACUGCAGGGAGCUAAGUUUUUUUCCCUUUUGUCCGAUUGUUGAAAGAUUGGAUUUGAGUCGUUUCAAUGAUGAAUUACGAGUAAAACAAAUCGAUGAGCAAAGGGAUAUGCAGCCCAAAUUAAGGGAGAUUUCCAUAACCGGAAAUGCUCUAUGGCUAAGAUCACUAACACUCGAGUCUUUUAAGCAACUUACACUGUUAAAAAUAACAGGGGAUGAGAAAAUGGAGAGUUUGAGAGAGCUUGGGAAUGUGUUUCGUAGGUGCUCAUCUUCCUUACACGAGUUGUCACUAAUUCGUUGCAUCAGAUUACGGAGUGUAUGGGGAGGAUUGAUACAUCUAUCUUCCUUGAAGAAAUUAUGUCUAGUAGCAUGCCCGAAUGUGAACCUUUCGAAUGAAGACGAGACUAAGAAUGGGAUGUGCAUGCCAUCGCAAUCGUUUCAUCACUCCCUCCGGUCCUUGAUAUUGGAUGAACUCCCACUGCUGGUGAAUCUACCCGAAUGGAUUGAGAACCUCGUUUCCCUCGAUACACUUGAGAUAUCCUCUUGCAAAGAGUUGGGAUCAAUGCCGGCUUGGAUGUCAAACCUUACCGCUCUCAAUAAACUUCUCAUCUAUCACUGUUCAGCAGACCUGCAGAAAAGAUGCCAAAAUCUGACAGGCGAGGACUGGAUCCACAUACAGAAAAUCCCGAAAAUUAACAUCGACUGCAAGGUAUAUAGUGAGAAUGAGAUACCGUCUGCGCCCCCUGCUCCCCCUUUGCCUCUUAUAUUGUCUAUUUGAGCAGACCCUCUAUUUCACCCAAAAGAAUCGCAUGUACGAGUUGAAUGGAGACAACGCAAGAGUGGAAUCUCGAUAUUUAGUAUCCUAUCAGUCCAGAAACAUGCCUUGCAAUGAUCUAUUUUAUGAAAACCACACCAUUAUGAUGAGUUUAAGAUAUCUUGCCAUUAUUAAUGUGUAUAUAAGUUCAGUGUGUACUUUUAUCUUCAUGGAAUAGAACAUCCAUAAUAUUGUAUGAAUCCACAUUAAUUUCAAGUUUUCAGAAUGCUGU